CAUUUAAUUUUGAUGAAGUUUCUAUUCCACCUGGACGAGUUCUUACUGGAGUUAGAUUUUCAACGUUUAAAAUGAGAGAAGGUGAUAAAAAGUGGCGUGUACAAGUAGAAGCUGAAUCGAUGGAAUACGAUCAUAUAGUUGGUAAAUUAAUACAAUGUACUGAAAAAUGGACAAAGCCUAAUGUUAAAAAUCAUGACGUCCAAUUGGAGUUCGAAAAAGAUAUACCUAUAAAUUCAGACCAACCAACAAUACUUGAUUCAGAAACAAAUCAAUAUGUAAUACCAAGUAUAAGUGAUACAUGGAAAGAUGCUGGACAAUCGGUACUUCCAUUUAUGGAUGCACAAACUAUAGGUUGUUCGCCAGAAGCACCACUUGGUGGUAUUGGUCUUCAUCAUCGUGGUGUAGCUAAGGAUUCUGAAGAUUCUGGAUUUUUGGGACUGACAGCUCACACUGUUGAUUAUGCUAGUUAUUUGAGACAAAGUGCGGAAAAAUAUGCUCAAGCACGAAAAUUACAAAAGGAAGAAGAAGAUGAUGAAGAUGAUGACGAUGACGAUGACGAUGAUGAUGAUGAUGAUGAUGAUGAUAAUGAUAAUGAUGAAGACGAAGAUGACGAUGAUGAUGAUGAUGAUGAUGAUUAAGUUCAAGCUCGAGAACACUUGAAAUGUUGGUUUUGUUUUAUACCUACGGAAAAAAAGCGACGUCAAAAAAAAAAGAAAUGGAAAAAAAAUUCUUCUAUUAUUUAUAAGAAACAAAAUUGUUAAAUAUUUUUUUUUUUAGUUUAACUUUUUUUGAAUGUAAAAAUGUAUGAAAUAUUUCGAUCACAAAUAAUUAUUAAUGAAUAAAAAAAGUGUCAAAUUUUAGACAAGUUACUCGAUUAUUUAAUUGCAUUUUAUUUUUUUAAAUUUUAUAUUACAUGAAUAAUUUAUUAUUUUCGAAAAAAAAAUUUAUGGGUUAUCCUAUUAUAAAAAGGACACUUGACCGCUUUUUAUUCGUGAUUUGAUUGGUCGAAAAUUUUUAGCAUUUGUUUAUAACUAAUACUUUAUUAUUUUCUCUCUCAUACUAACACGUUGCUACGUGUUGUUAUGUGGUUGCUACGUUUGCUUAUUUUUGGCAAUUAAUUAAUUUGAGUUGUGUCGUUUCUAGAUCAAAAGUCAUAUUACAGCUUUUUACUAAUUUCUAUAUAUUCAUAUUUAAUAAAAAUAGUAUUGUUAUAUGAAUACAACUAAUUUAUAUUAUAUUAAAUUAAUAUUCAAAUAAAAAAAAAGUUAGUGUGGUUAUUAUACGUUACGGUUACUACGUUUAUCAAGAACGUCAUCAUAUUUAUCAAUAUUACUUAAUUGAAAUAAUAUAUAGAUUUGAAUAUUGUAUAAAAUAUAAAUAUUUAUAUAAAUAAGUAAACAUAAAUAGAAAAAGUUAGCGUGCGGUUACUACGUGUGAUUGCUAAUUAUAUUUUUUUAUCAAAGAUAAUAAUACAAUUGACUUUAUAAAAAGCUGUAAUAUGACUUCAAUACUUUGAUUGAGCAACGAUGCCACUAAAAUGAUUUAAUGAUUGUUUAUAAUUUGAUCAAAUGAUAUUUUUGUUCAUCACAAUAAUUAUAAUAUUGAUUAUAAACUUGAAAUAAAUAUAGUAAUUCAUGGAAAUGAAAAAUAAGAAAAGUACUUUACGUAAUUAAUAAAAAUUACAAUUAUGAUAAAGAAAAUAGUAUUAAUAAUCAUAUACAUAAUAUUAUAUACAACGACGCGCCGGAGGCGCGGGGUAACCCUUGUUUAAUAAUAAAAUAUAGUUAUACUC